AUGGCCGGUACAAAAAUCUCUGCUGCUCCUGCUGCUGCUGUCAGGACUUCUAAACCUAGGCCUCCGGCUAAAGUUAUGGCCAAGGCUGCUGUCGCCGCCCUGAAGGAACGCACCGGUUCCUCGCGUCCUGCCAUCAUGAAGUACAUCGCCGCCAACUACAACUACGACAAUGCCAAAGCUGUUGCUACAGCUCUGAAGAAAGGAGUCGAAGCCGGGACAUUCAUCCAGGUCAAAGCAAGUUUCAAACUUUCCGCCGAAGCCAAACUAGCCCCGAAGCCAAAGAAACCAGCCGCGAAAUUAGAGAAGGCGAAUAAGACGAAAACAGUCAUUACAACGGCGGUUAAGACGCCAAAGAAAAGUGCUAAGAAGGCACUUUUCCAGACCCCUAAGAACGAUUUGAAAGCGAAGUCGGCGGCGAGGAAGAGCGUGAAGAAAAUUACCAAAGCUGCCAAGACUCAGACGCCCAAGGUCAAGAAAGCAACCAAGACGGAAAAGCUCAAGCUCAAGAAAGCAACCAAGACGGAAAAGCUCAAGCUCAAGAAAGCAACCAAGACUCCGAAAAAGGCAACGAAAGCCUAA